UGACAACGACAUGCACCACUCUGCCUCGAAGGUCAUGUACAUACAUAUACGUGACUGUGCAAUCAUAGUGACAACUUCAGUCAACGACGAAAGUAAGAGGCACACACCUUCGAACAACGCCAAAGGGUUCAGGCCAACAAUCUCGUUGAAUACACUCCCGUUUCGAUCAAGAGUCCGAACACGGGAUCAUCGACGAUGCUGAGAGCUUCGUAAACAAUCGCAGUUUCGCUGGGCCGGAGAGGGUUGCUCGUUUCCUCCUCUUGGCUUUGCUACUGGCAAUUCUUCCAUUCUUGUCGGGGCUGGUGCGAUGGGGGGCCUCUCUGUCUCUUCCCCUGCAUCGUGACGAUUAGACGUCUCCUGUUACCCCCCCCGCGCUUGAAUAUUCCCUUCCGCCUUCCGGAUUGCAGUUACGAACGAAGCGAAGAAGUAUUGCCCCCGCCGCGGGUCCCAUGGACCGUUGUUGUCACUAGUGCUGCAGUCGGCGUCCUGUGUGCUCCUCUCGCUCGCUCGCUCGCUCGCUCGAUCGAUCGGUGGACGACCUGCGUCACGUGGAUUGUCACGAAGUGCGACGGAUUGGACGUCUUCAAGCGCCGAGGCUUACACGCGCAGCUCAGGUCGGCGUGAAUGAAGUCUGCUGUCGAAGAAUCGGAGAAUUUGGGGUUGCAAGCGAGCAUCGAAGCCAUUGUGGGGCAUUCGGAUGCGGGUUCAGCAGCGAUGACCACUUCCGGAGUUUUGAUCGAUUCAGGUCAAGGAAAAGGAGACGAUCACUGCACAGCAGCAGCAGAUCCUGCUGCUGUCUGCGGUGAGGAGCAAGAGCUUGUGAUCUGUGAGACUCCGUUGGUUGCGGAAGCCAGUCGCGAAGAGGUGCAGACAAGUGCACUGGAGGCAGUGAGAGAUGGCGGCGAGCUCACGAGGUACGACAUCGAUGAGCUUCUGGAGUUGUGGGAAGUCAGUGUUCUCAGCGAAGCGACGUGGAAUCGAGUUCUCACCGCUCUGAGCCCACACAUGGACGACAUGUUCGAGAUGCAGGCCACGCCCAACACCAAGUUUCAACGACGCCGGGGCAAGAACAGCGAGAGGCGCCAAAGGUUCAAAGCGAAGCGCGAGGCCAUGCUCUCGAUCUCUCGCAAUGAGAACGAGGAUGCGGAUUUCCAUCAUAUUCAUGGUGAGAGGACGGACGAGGGCAUGGAUGACACCGCAGAGCUAUACCUGCAAAAGUCUGGCACGUAUCAGGUCGGGAAAUUCGUACACCGGAAAGGGCCAUACAAACCUCGGCAUCACCAUACGUACGAGGAUGAGGUCGUGGAGAGCUUCCAGUCUCAGGCGUUUGCAGUGGAGGGCGAGCCAGAUUUCGAGUCUGGACCUCCUGAGGACGGUUGGGAGUAUCUUCGACGUGUUAUAUGGGAGGCUGCUCGGUGUCCGAAGGUCGUUGUGGCCAACAUCGAUCCAGAGAAGUUGGUAUCAGAGCAAACUCCGUACAUGCCAAUCAUUCCAGCCAUUACACCUUGUCCUCCGGACUUGUUGCCAUCCAAGGAAUGGGAGCAGCAGUUUUUGGCAGAUUUUACACAGCUCAGAAUCGAGCUGUCGAAGCUGCAUGCACCACUGGAGGCAUGCUCGGAGCGAUUACCAUCCGGAACGAACAGAGACGCUUGGGAGAUUCUCUGUUUCGGCUCCGUGACAAGCUCGAGAGCCGAGGAUCUGGAAGAGUCAGGCUCCGUGAAGGGUGUCGAAGAAGACUGUGGAAUUUCUGCAGGGCCCGAGGGAGUAGAUGGUCCGACAGAGGACGAGGUAGCAGACAUUCUUCACCCCUCCUCUGCAGCAGCAGGAGGAGUGCAGAAGAGUGUCGAAGGAGUGGAUUCCGAUAAACCCUCAGAGCAGUCGGAGGAGGUCCAAGCCUCGAUCCAGCUCUCACCUCAAGCACACUUUGCGGGAGAAGAAGGUCCAGAUCUCACCGUGCCAUCUGAAUUGCUUCAAGGAGCCCUGCGUUCAAGUUCCCCCGAGGCUGCCCCCAAAGAGACUCUGCAUGAGGACUCUGUAUCCUCUGGAUAUGGCGAUGGCAGUUCGCUGAAGACUGCACAACUGCCAACGAGUGGAGAGUUGCAUGCUUGCGAUCGAGUAUCAGCCCCGAUCGAGUCUCUCAGGGAGAAUCAAAUCCUCGUGGAUGAUGAAACCUCCUCGAGCCAUAACUUCGCAGCUGCUGCCACUCCUGCGUUCGAGACGAGCGCAUCGGAGCAGGAACCGCAUGAACAGAUUCUCUCAGCAGCAGCAGCAGCAGCAGCAGCUGAGGUGCCGACAGAGCCAUCAUCCGCUCGUGCUCUGGAUGUCGAUGAACCAAGCUCCGUUGUGGAAUCUCUGGCAGCUGCUGCUGCUGCUUCUUCAGAGUGCGUGGAUUUCUACGACCGAUCUUGCAGUGGAGUCGACGAUCACGAGUCGACCGACGUGGCGGGAUCCGUGGACCGUUACUCGGACUCACUGCUCCUCGAGACGAAGGCGGCGGAGGACGAAGGAUUCGAGCCCGUAGACCAUUCUUUCAUUCAUGGAGAGCAGCUCGAUGAGGAGGACCAUCGGAUCGCAGCGGCGGACCAGACGGAGUCGCUCGCCGGGUACGAGAUUUACACGUCGGGCAACAUUCUGGAAGAAUCGGAGGACGAAUUGCGCGAGAGCAUUCUGGAGAUCGAGGAGCCCGUGCAGCAGCUCUUCCAGCGAGUGUUCGGCGUCGACGAGGCCUGGAAGCUGCCGUUGCUGCACACGUUGCUGCGCCUGGACCCGGUGUCGCGCGCCGCGCUCUUGCGCCAUCACGUCAACUGGCUCGACGGCGUCGACUGCGGCAUGCCGCAGCAGCGCGCGCUCUGGCUUCUGGGCCUGGCCGCCGUCGUCGACACGCCUCUCAACGGCGACACCACCGCCUCCGUCCGCGCGCUGCUGCGCCACUGCGCCCGAGUUCGCGCCUCGAUGCAGUCCUCCUCGAGCGACGACGACGACGGCGACAAUCAGCUGCACAUGCUCAAUGCUCUGAUCUCCAUCGCCGGCCUCUUCUUCGGCCAAGCGGAAUCCCAUUCCAGUUGACCUUUCGCAUUUCUCGUCACAUUUCUCGUCUCGAUCGAUCUGUCGAUGUUUCCAUUUUGCUCGCGGGCCCUUUGACCCUUUUCCAGUCUUCCCCAACGGGUCGAGAGUGCCCCGCAUGCCCACCCCUGGCACCCGAUCACGUGCGCACCGCCUCCCCUCCCCUCCCCUCCCCGCUCGUCCGGAUUAUCAGUUAUACCGUCGGUCGGUUGUGAUAGCCAGAGGAAGCCGAGCGCGGGUGUUGAAGGGGGGCCGCGGCGGACCCGAGGGUCGGGCAAAUAACUGGAAGACGGAAGGCUCAUUGAAGGGCCGGUGUGGAAGGAAGGAAGGAAGAGCGCGCGUGCUGCUGUGCGACGGGGACGAGGGGCAGUUGUUUUCAGCGGUUGACGCGGGGCGGGGGGGUUUGCGUGAAGUCGGUACACGUCCAGGGGAAGAAGAGGGCGGCGACGACCGUGAGAAAUAAGGGACUAGGGAAGUGGUCGACACUGCGCGCAACGUCUUUGAGUACAAGUUCACUGCUUCCAACAAAUCUCGAAUGGAGGAUUCUUCAAUGCAAUCCACUGUGUUCAUGGCACAAUAGACUGCGAGAAAAACUGUCGAUAUAGGGAGUGAGUUGCAAAUUAUUCUUUUCACAGUUGAAUAUCGUGUCAUGUAAUGUAUAAAUGUAAAGGAUGGACUAAAUUGUGGCA